ACAGACUCACAAUGCUGUGGGACAUCAGACCCACACCGAUGUGGGACGUCACAGACUCACAACGGUAUGGGACGUCACAGACUCACAACGGAAUGGGACGUCACAGACUCACAAUGGUGUGGGACGUCAGACUCACAAUGGUUGUGGGACAUCACAGACCCGCAACGCUGUGGGAUGUUAGACUCACAAUGCUGUGGGACACCACAGAAUCAUGCCACUGUGGGACAUCAGACCCACACCGAUGUGGAACGUCACAGACCUACAACGGUAUGGGACGUCACAGACCCACACUGCUGUGGGACGUCACAGACUCACAAGGGUGUGGGACGUCACAGACCCAUAGCGGUGUGGGACGUCACAGACCCACAACGCUGUGGGACGUCACAGACUCACACCGCUGUGGGACGCUACAGACUUACGCUGCUGUGGGACGUCACAGACUCACAACGCUGUGGGACAUCACAGACUCACACCGCUGUGGGACGCUACAGACUCACGCUGCUGUGGGACGUCACAGACUCACAACGGUGUGGAACGUCACAGACCCACAACGCUGUGGGACGUCACAGACUCACGCCGCUGUGGGACGUCAGACUCACAACGGUGUGGGACGUGAGACUCACAAUGGUUGUGGGACAUCACAGACCCGCAACGCUGUGGGAUGUUAGACUCACAAUGCUGUGGGACACCACAGAAUCAUGCCACUGUGGGACAUCAGACCCACACCGAUGUGGAACGUCACAGACCUACAACGGUAUGGGACGUCACAGACCCACACUGCUGUGGGACGUCACAGACUCACAAGGGUGUGGGACGUCACAGACCCACAACGCUGUGGGACAUCACAGACUCACACCACUGUGGGACGCUACAGACUCACGCUGCUGUGGGACGUCACAGACCCACAACGCUGUGGGACGUCACAGACUCACACUGCUGUGGGACAUUUUUUAG